UGAAACAUGUAACAGUGAAUGUAGAGAACGGCUCGUCUUUGAAUCUCAGCAGUCUCCUCUUAACCGCAGACAUGACUGCUUCUCUGGGCUGGCUCUCAGCUCUGGUCGCGGGUUUUUUCUCCGCUCAUGUGUUACAGAAACUCUGUUUUCCAUACUUUUGGAGGGACUUUGUCUUUCUACUGACUGUGAUCAGGUACGGCAUGAAGCUGGAGCUGUUCAAGCUGACAUCCAGAGUGUGUACAGUGCUGGACAGGUUCAUCCAGCAGGCGCAGCGCAUACCCGACAAGCCAUUUGUUAUCUACGAUGGAAACAUCCACACCUACAGAGACAUCGAGCAGCGCAGCAACAGACUAGCAAAUAUUUUCCUCGACAGAGUCAAACUGAAGAAAGGAGACUGCGUCGCCUUGCUUAUGAACAACGAGCCCGACUUCUUGUGCGUUUGGUUUGGGUUGGCAAAGGUCGGCUGCUCGGUUGCUUUCCUCAACACAAACAUCAAGUCCAGGUCUCUGCUGCACUGCUUCAACUGCUGCGGAGCCAAAGCUCUCAUAGUCGGCGCAGAUCUAAUCGAGUGUCUGGAUGGCAUCCUACCCAGCCUGCUGGAGGACAACAUUCAGGUGUGGGCCAUGAAGAGCCAGAGUGAGCACACACAGGUGAACACUCUGUUGGAUAAGAUAGAUGCUGCCUCUGAUCAACCUGUACCAGCAGCGUUACGUGCCACCACCUCCCUCAAAGCCCCCACCCUCUACAUCUUCACCUCUGGAACAACUGGGCUCCCUAAGGCUGCAGUGAUAACUCACCUCCAAAGCUUGAAGGCAGCAGGAGGAUUCUGGGCAUUUGGGGCGACUGCAGAUGAUGUGAUAUACAUCCCUCUGCCACUCUACCACAGUGCAGCUUCACUGAUCGGCAUCGGAGGAACCAUCGAGCUGGGUGCAACCUGCGUCCUGAAGAAGAAGUUCUCAGCUUCACAAUUCUGGAAUGACUGUCGAAAACAUCAUGUGACUAUUUUCCAAUAUAUUGGUGAACUCUGCAGAUACCUCUGUAACCAGCCUAAGACAGACAUGGAUAAGGUUCACAAGGUGCGGAUGGGAGUGGGGAACGGGCUUCGGCAGGAUGUUUGGCGGGAGUUCCAGAGUCACUAUGGAGACGUUAAAAUGUGCGAAGUGUACGGCUCCACUGAGGGAAACCUGUGUUUCAUGAACCACAUCGGCAAGAUUGGUACUGUGGGUCGCUCCAACUUCUUCUACAGGCUCCUGUUCAAGUAUGAUCUGGUGAAGUAUGACAUGAUUAAAGAUGUACCAGUGAAAAAUCAGUAUGGAUUCUGUCAGCGAGUGAAAAAGGGUGAGACAGGACUUUUACUGUCUAAGGUCAGUGCCCUCAGCCCUUUCUUUGGCUAUGCUGGAAGCAAACAGCUGACUGAGAACAAGCUGAUGAGGAACGUAUUUGUGAAGGGAGACGCCUACUUUAACACAGGUGACCUCAUGGCUGAAGACCAUGAGGGCUUCAUCUCCUUCAGAGACAGAGUAGGAGACACCUUCAGGUGGAAGGGUGAAAACGUAGCAACAACAGAGGUGGCAGAAACUCUUGGACUGGUGGAUUUUAUCCAAGAAGUCAACGUGUAUGGAGUAGAAAUACCAGGACAUGAGGGCAGAGCAGGAAUGGCUGCCAUGAUUGUAAGACCAGGCCUGACAUUUGAUGGGAACAAACUGUUUGAGCAUGUGGUGAGAGAUCUACCAGUAUACGCUCGAGCCCACUUCAUAAGGCUUCAGGAGGUCAUGGAAAUGACGAGCACCUUCAAGCAGCAAAAGUUCCAGCUGGUGCAGAGCGGCUUCAACCCCUCAACAAUCUCUGAUCCUCUGUAUGUACUGGACCACCUGCAGAAGAGCUACAUUCCUCUAACAGACAGUAUCUACCAGAACAUCCUCUCUGGAGAACGCAAGCUAUAGAACUCACAAGUAUGGGGUGAUGACACAGCUCCAAACAAUGCACAAAGAGGGAUCCGAUUCAGUAGCUCUGCUUCUUGCAGUAUUUUAUAUUUAAUGGAAACAUUUGUGCCUACAAUCAAGUUGAGUGAUUUACUGAGAUCUGAAUGAAAAGCUGUUAUCUAAUUAGUGAAUAAGCUGAAUGAGCUUCACUACAGAUAUGUGAGCAGUAAUGUCCCUAACGUACAGUUAUUUUUGUUCAAUAAAUAAUAUGAACCUGAAUGCAUCACAGUGAAACAACUAUACCUUAAAAAAAACCUGAAAACACACCAAGUACCUCAAACUGAAGAUAUUUCUUAUUCAUUUACACAUUAAUAAGAAAAUAUUUGACAAAUCUGUUAGUUAUCAGUUUUGAAAGUGUUAGUAAGGUUAAGAAGUCUGAAAUAUGUUCAGCAGUAAAUGAAGGAUAUUUGAAGGAACUCUUAUUCAGUUUAUUAAUGAACUGUAUUGUAUUUACUAGUAUUUCAUGUAUUUUUGCAUGGAUUAAGAGGUUUAUAAUAGGUAAAAGACCUUUAAGAUACAAAAAAACUAAAACAUAAUGGUAGCCUUUAAUUUGAACCUUGAAGAAGCCUUCAUUUUUCAAUUAAGGUGUACAAUUUGUGGUUAAUUAAUUGACACAUUGAUGAAUUAACUGUAAUAUAUUAAACUGAUGUCUGUUUAGAGGAAAAUAAAACCACACAACAUGAAGGCUAUUCAUUAACUUAUAGCUUAAAAGGAACUUAACUUUACAUUUAAGGUGGAAAUUCAGGUGUUGAAAGAAAUGAAUGGAUUAUAUGAAGGGAGUUCAUUGGAUUAUCUCUAUGGUUUAAAAUAAACCAAACAUCAUUCAAGUCAUCCCUGUAAAGUCACUUUAAAGCCAUUAAACUAUACAGACAUAAAUAAUUCAUUAAAAUGACCACAAUAUAUGAUCAUCCAUUAAAUAAAUUAUUUCCUUUUAAAUCCCGUAUAAAAUGCCAUAUUUACUGCAGCAGUUAAAGGUCAAUAAAAAAGAAUUUAGAGUAAAAAUUGAACCGAUUCUAUUUAUAUAAAUGGUUCACAGAUAUGGUUUUGAAAAUUUGCUGACACGUCAAAUGACUUAAUUCUGUUAACAAAUGUAUCCACAAAUAUUUCAUUUUCAAUGAUUUUAUUUUAACCAGUCAGAUUUAAAUACAUCAUUUUGACCAAAUGAUGACCAAUCACAGCACACAUGCUAUGUGUUUGUUCAAUUCAUAUUGUUUAUUUUUGAAACAAAUAGAACUCUGUUUGUCUUGACUGAUUUGGAAAGAAAGAUUUGAAUGUAGAAGUCCAAAAGUGCCCAGAUGUUUAGCCAUAUCAAAGAUUUUCCCACUUGUGUUUUUUUUUUAAUGCUGUGAAAGUUCUGAUGAUUGAUAUGAUUUAUUUAUCAAUUUAAAACAAAUUCUUUGCUUUUGUUUACCUACAUUUGAAUGUUUGCUGGUAAUGUACUGACAGACAUGAAUACUGGCUCAAACCAGUCCAUUAACAUGAGAGGUGUUAGAUGCAGGAUGAGGGGAGUGACUUCAUAGUGUCUGCAGUGUUCUGCUUUGAGAUAUCAACAGCUUAUUUCAGAAUAUUCCCACAUUUACAUUUACACAUAACUGAGAUGAGAGAUGUAAAUAUCAACUGUGACUGAGAUGUACAGUGUUAUUCAGAGGUCUGAGCUGUUAUACUGUUUACUGGUUGGAUGUAGAAUGUGAACAAGUUGUACAUUGUAAUAUUUAGAAGGUUCAAUUCACUCUGUUUGUGUUUGAGAUAUGAAGAUAAACUAUAUAUAAAACAUAAUGCAUACACAUGAAAA